AGUCACGCUAGACGGCGCCGUGACUGAAGUGCUAUGUCAUCAAGUGUUUUUGUUGCAGGGCAGAGGUGGAGGGUUGGGCGUACCGCAAAUGUGCAGCUGACAAGGGAAUCUCUGUGGACGACGACGAUGAGGAGUGGGAAGGGCAAAAGAAAGAUGAAGGAAAAGGCCAUCAGUGAAUCUUGAUUGUGCGGUGUUUGAUUUGCCCACAAGAGUUGGCAUAUCAUGACAACACCUCCUCCAUGAUGCGGCACCUCCGGUCCAUCCAUCAUGUUGGAACACCUCAGAUGUCAAACCAAAAUUUCAAUCCUCCUCCUGCCGUGUCAAGGAAGCAAAAACUUGAUGCUGCAUUGGUGGACAUGAUUGUUGUUGAUAUGCAACCAUUUUCCAUCGUGGAAGAUAAAGGUUUCAAGGCCUUUGUCAACCUUUUGGACCCCACCUACAUUAUCCCGAAUAGGAAGGCCUUGGGAAAAAUGGUGGAUGACAAAUACAAGGCUACCAAGGAGAAGGCUAUGGCUCUUGUGAGCAAGGCCUCUGCUGUUAGCCUGACAGCAGACAUGUGGACUUCCAUUAAUAUGGACGCCUACUUGGCUGUAACGUGCCACUUUAUGACUGAGGAGGUGCAGCUUUCCACAGUGGUUUUGGGGGUUCAAAAGUUUCCCCAAACCCACACUGCAGCUCACUUGGCUGAGGCCAAAGAUGUCCUCAUGGAAGAGUGGGGAAUUAAGGGGAAGGUGACAGGCCUGGUCACAGACUGUGCUCCCAAUAUGAUUGCAUGUGCCAAUUUACUACAUCUUCGGCACAUAAUGUGUUUUGCACACAUGCUGAAUUUGGUGGUAAAGCGGUCCCUUGCUCAAACCCCAGAACUAGAGGACAUCCGGAGUCGGGGGCGCAAGAUUGUUGGGCAUUUUAAGUCCAGCACUACAGCCAAACAAAAGCUCUCUGAGAUGCAGCGACAGCUGGCCAGGCCGGAACAUAAAUUGAUUCAGGAGGUGGACACAAGGUGGAACAGUACUUUUGCCAUGUUGGAAAGGCUGUUUAAUGAAAGAGAGCCAAUGGGUACAGCUCUGGCCAGCCUCUCUUCAGACCUUACCCCAUUCACCUCAGAGGACUACCAGGCGAUGCACCAGUGCCUGGAUGUCCUGAAGCCAUUUCACCAGGCCACAGUGGAGCUUUCUGAGGAAAAACAGGUGUCUGCCUCGAAAGUCAUACCACUAGUUAAAAUGCUAAAACAUUAUAUCUCGAGCAGAUGUGGCCAUAUCACCCACCCACUGGGUAUGAAACUGGCCACCAAUUUAAAAAAUAAUUUAAUUGAAAAGUUUGCAAUGUUGGAGAAGGUCACAGCACUUUCUAUGGCAACCUUACUAGACCCGAGGUUCAAGGAGCUGGGGUUCUGCAGCCAAGUCUGUGCCCAAACGGCCAUAGAGAGACUUAUAAGGGAGUGUGCAGGAACAAUGCAUAUUGAACUGCCUGCUCAGUCACAGCCACAGCCACAGUCACCAAGAGCAGGCCCUUCAAAUCGACUGGAGGAUGACAGUCUUUGGGCACUCCUGGACAGGCAUGUUGGUGCUCAACAACAGGUGACCAACACAACUGCCAGUGCGACAGUGGAGGUUCAGAGAGGACCCACUCAAGUACUGGAUCACCCACAAAGUACUUUUCCCACACCUUUACAAGCUGGCAGUAAGAUUUUUAUGCACACCAGCCUCCUCUGUGCCAUGUGAGAGGAUUUUUUCCAAGGCUGGUGAAGUCGUCAGCCAAAGACGGAACAGGCUGAAACCAGCCACAGUUGAAAAA